CCAUGAGUCAAGGACGAUCGCACCGGCCGCCUAAUUUUGUGGCGGCCUUGGCGGUUUGUGUACCGUCUUCCAUCUCCCCUCCCUCCACGCAGGUGAACAUAAACACCCAUUUGCAAGACCAGCCGUGGGCUUUAAUCAGUCCACUUGGAUCGUUGCAACUUCAUUCAUAGCUCAUCACAGCAAAAUGGCCGGGGAUUUACUUGAGCAAGAUGAAGUGCGCAAGGAGGUCGAACAGCAGCUCGCUCAAACCUCUUUCAGGUGCUCCUCGCUCAGCCAAUUAUCUGGUGGUACCGCCAAUUUCGUCUAUCGAGGCAUUCCCCUCUCUGGAGAUCCAGAAUCCAUCAUCAUCAAACAUACCAAGAACUACUUAUCAUCCAAUGCUAGCUUCAAGCUUGAUGCCGAGAGAUGUCAUUUUGAAGGAGCCAUACUCAAAGCACUUGAUGGUCUUGAGUCCCCCGAGUUGUCAGACAAGAUUAAGAUCAAAACACCUCAACUCUUCCACUUUGACAAGGAGACAAAUACUCAAGUCCUUGAAGAUUUGCCAGACUCGGUCGAUCUGAAACACUAUCUCAUUUCGGAGGCCUCUCGCGAUAUGUCAAAGACUUCCGCGCUAGCUCUAGGAAAUAGCCUGGGCUCGUGGCUGCGGGCUUUCCAUAGCUGGGCGGCCAAGCCUGAACAAGCAGAAAUCAGGGAGAUUCUCAGCAGGAAUCAACCAUUGAAAGACCUGAAGUUCUACAUCAACUACAUAUGGCUGUUGGAUACAAUUGGAAAAUUUCCAACCAUUUUGGAAGACAGUCGAGAUGUAUUCGAGAAAGUUCGCGAAUCGGCGGCCGAAGAGCUGAAGAGAACUGAGUAUGAUGAUGAAUACAAUGUAAUCCAUGGCGAUUUCUGGACUGGAAACGUUCUCAUGUCCAGCAUGCCGCUGACCAGCGACUCGCAAACAACGCUCUUCGUUAUUGAUUGGGAAAUGGCUCAGAUUGGAAGCCGAGCACUGGAUCUGGGCCAGAUGAUUGCCGAGACAUACGAGACCAAGCUCUUUAAAAAUGUCGAACAUGGGGUCUGGGUCAUCGAAGGCUUGAUGGACGCAUAUGGACAUUUGACCGAUAGGAUGGCAUUCCGAACCGCCAUUCAGGUCGGCACUCACCUGGUCUGUUUUGGAAGUCGAGUCGCCGGAUGGGGCAGUCCAGAGCAAGUAGAGGAGGUUGUGAAUGUUGGAAGAGACCUUAUAGUACAGGCAUGGAAGGAAAAUAAGUCUUGGUUUGAGGGACACCACCUUCGGUGCUUGUUUCAAUGGUAAGAGUAGCACUACCAUGCAUGAGGAAGCCGAAAGUAUCAUAAUACAUGAUAUUCGUCCCAUUAAAAAACUCAUGAGCGAGUGUGUCACAACACGUAGCAGAAAUCCUGGUUUUCAAACUCGGUGGUCCUCGCAUUCCAG